AGUUGUAGUAGUUAAAGUGGACAUUACAUUGUUAUAAAUGUAUAUAACACUGUAUACAUAUCUUAUCAUACUGAUAAAGUCUUACAAUGUUAUGCAUGCAGUUCUUAAUUUCAACCAUGAUUCUGUUUACAUCACGCUCGCACGUCCUAUUUAUAGAUGCAUCUACUUGCAGAUAAUGUAUUCAUCUAUGCAAGUGAUGUUAGGUAUACAGUAGGGUCAAUAGCAUUAGGCAGGAACUACGCAGUUUGUCUUUGGAGGUAAAUUGAAUGGUAUUGAUUCGAAGGUAUAAUGACCCGUUGACGUUGUGACCCGGAGCUUUUCCAUAAUGUCAGAUGACACCUGUGAUGUCGCCUUAAGACUUUAUCAUGCUGUGGAGCAGGAUGAUCGGGGCGAACUGACACAACUGCUCAUAAAAGGAGCAGACAUUCACUAUAAAUACUUCGGCGAAAAAUCCUUAUUGCACAUUUGCUGUGAAAAAGAUCGUCUAGAAUGCGCCAAACUGUUGAUGGAAUAUGGCGCCAAUGUCCAGGCACAGGACGAGUGGAACAUGACGCCCCUGAUGUACUGUAUGGUUCGGCAGUUAAAUGACAUCGCUCAGGAACUGUUGUCACGCGAUCCGUACGCAGUACACUCGCAGGACAGAUUCGGCAAAGCUUCAAUUCACUGCGCCGUGGAAUCUGGAUCACCAGAACUCUUGAAUUUGCUGUUUUCUUUUGGCGCCGUAGCAGACCAAACCGACUGGUUUGGUAUGACACCUCUGAUGUCACUCUGUUCCCGCGCCGGAAUCAGUAACAAUGUGACGCUAUGUGAGAUGCUGUUAGGCGCGGGAGCGGACGUAAAUUUAAAGGAUCUUAGAAGCAGACGAACCGCUUUGCAGUAUGCUGCCCUUAACAAGAUCCCAGCUCUUGUCGAAGUGUUACUACAAGCUGGGGCGGACCCGAACACACAGGACACCGCGUGCAGGACCCCUCUCACUAACCUUAUAUUCAAAUCAUUCAGCCUGCAGAACGCCAGCUGUGACGUAGAUGAUGACAUCAUGACCAUCGUCAUCAUGCUUACACAGUCUGGAGCUGAUCUUAACUUGAACCAUCGCGAGAAUACAAAUCCAGUUUGUAUGGCGGCUUUCUACAAAGUGGAGGCUCUUGUGCGGUUCUUCAUGGACUGUGGAGCAGAUCCGAAUACUAGAUUUCCGAUGGGAGUGACAUCACUGUUGGUGGCUGUAAAGAAGAAGUCUGCAGGAUGUGUUCGCGCCUUACUUCAAUGGAAUGCUCGAACGGACUUUCGUGGAAGAGUAUAUCGGACAGCGGACAUCCAGUACUGGGUUGACCCCAUGGAAUUGGCUGUGGACCUUGGGUGUUGGGACAUUGUACUUCUACUUUACUCGGCCGGGUACAAUAUCAGUAGACUGCCAUACCUUCAUGAGGGCGUCAUGGACGCAGAACUUCCGGAAUCUCUUCUGGGUAACACUGAGAUGAUGAGUUGGCUUUUGUUUCUGGCGAGCAGUCCUAAACCUCUCUUUCAUCUAACGAUAUUGGCAGUAUGGCGUAUUCUAGACAAUAAUUUCAGAGAGAAAAUUUUUGAUCUUCCACUGCCAAAGACAAUCAAGCAGCUGAUGAGUCCCGAAUUCGUCAUUGAAUAAACUAUAAUUGAAUCACG